AUGGAUCCUGACUUUGAGAUAUUUGACUCUUCGUCAUCUAAGGAGGAGGAGGAGGAGGAGAUAAUUUUAGCUCUUGCUAUUGAAGAAGAAUGCUUGGGUAAUGAAAGAGGCUCAACAUCACAUCGUAGCUCUAUUCCCCGUCAUGCAUUCAUUCGAAGAAAUUCGCUUAAAGGCCAUCAACGCCUCUUUAAAGAUUAUUUUUCUAAGUCCCCGACAUAUCCACUGAAUUUAUUUCGCAUGAGGUUCCAAAUGCAACAUCAUCUUUUCUUGCAUAUUCAAGCCGAAGUUGAAGCAUAUGAACCAUAUUUCGUCCAAAGAAGAGAUGCUGCUAAAAGACUGGAUCAUUCCUCGCUUCAAAAAAUAACUGCUGCAAUGAGAAUAUUAACUUAUGGAGUCUCUAGAGAUUUUGUAGAUGAAUACUUGCGGAUUGCAAAAAAUACAACAACCGAAUGUUUAAAAAAAUUCAUUAAGGCUAUCAUUGGCAUAUUCUCCCAUGAAUACUUAAGAUCCCCAAAUGAGAACGAUAUAGCUAGAUUGUGUGCAGUUGGAGAUAGUCGUGGGUUUCCUAGGAUGUUAGGAAGUAUUGAUUACAUGCAUUGGAAAUGGAAAAAUUGUCCAAGUGCUUGGAAAGGAAUAGAGCUUGCUGAAGGACAUGCUCCAAAGGUCAACUACUCAAUAAAUGGAAAUGACUAUUCAAUGGGCUACUAUCUUGCCGAUGGCCUUUCUUUUGCAAUGCAGGCAUACUCUUUCCUAAUUUCUCCCUUCUCAGCAUUUGAUUUGUUUCUCUCCCCUUUUAUUUCAAUCACCAAAUCAGUAAGAUUGGAAGAGUUAACCUCUUGCCUCUAUCACUUCUUUGCAGCCUUCUUUCCAAUUGGUCUCUCUAAAUUUACAUCUAAAGAUGGUGAUGCAAUAUCUUCAUCUAUGAACUCCAGCGCACAACCAUCUUGA